CGCAGUCCCUGGCUGACCUCCUCCCGGGGCGGGAGCGGGAGCUCAAGUCGCCGCGGCCCGAGGCACAGACCGACCGCGGGGAGAGCGAGAGAGGAGGACGCGCCGUGUGGUGCCGGGGAGCGGCGGUCUCUGGCGGCUGAGUGGGCGCCGGGCUCGGGCUCGGGCGGGUGGUGGUGGUGGAGGAAAGACUCCAUGAAAGAUGACAGAAGAGGUUAUUGUUAUAGCAAAGUGGGACUACACAGCACAACAGGAUCAAGAACUUGACAUCAGGAAAAAUGAACGAUUGUGGCUGCUGGAUGACUCUAAAACUUGGUGGAGAGUAAGAAAUACAUCGAACAAAACUGGAUAUGUACCAUCAAACUACGUGGAGAGAAAGAACAGCUUAAAGAAGGGGUCACUUGUAAAGAACAUCAAAGACACCCUAGGCGCUGAUUCAUGCUGGGGUAUAGUUCUACGGGCGUCAAGUGCCCUCCAUUACCUGAUCCCAAGUGGCCAUUCUUCAUGUAUGAGCCAAGACAGUUUGGGUAAAACAAAAAGGAAGACAAGUGCAAGAGAUGCUUCCCCCACACCAAGCACGGAUGCAGAAUACCCAUCAAAUGGUGGAGGUGCUGACCGUAUAUACGAUCUAAAUAUCCCAGCAAAUGUCAAGUUUGCUUAUGUGGCCGAGAGAGAUGAUGAACUGUCGCUUGUGAAGGGGACACGCGUCACUGUUAUGGAGAAAUGUAGUGAUGGUUGGUGGAGAGGUGGCUACAAUGGACAAGUCGGUUGGUUUCCGUCAAACUAUGUUGUAGAGGAAGGUGAUGAAGCCAUUGCAGAUUCCCCUAAUUUCUUCACUUCCAGACUUGGAGCAUCCGUGAGUAACGGACAAACCACGAAAGUCCUUCAUAUGGUGCAGACACUUUACCCAUUUAGCUCGGUGACUGAGGAGGAGCUGAACUUUGAAAAGGGGGAAAUCAUGGAUGUGAUUGAGAAACCAGAGAAUGACCCAGAAUGGUGGAAGUGUCAAAAUUCGAAAGGGCAAAUUGGCCUUGUCCCCAAAAACUACGUAGUAAUCUUAAACGAUGGACCUCCUCUGAGCAGUUUACAUGCUCCUCAGAUAUGCCUCACUGGGCCAUCCUCUACAGGAAAAUUUGCUGGAAAAGAAUGGUAUUAUGGCAGUGUCACGCGGCACCAGGCUGAAAUGGUUCUAAAUGAGCGGGGCAUGGAUGGUGACUUCCUUGUUAGAGAUAGUGAAUCAUCGCCAAGUGACUUCUCAAUUUCGCUAAAAGCAUCAGGAAAGAACAAGCAUUUCAAAGUCCAGCAUUCAGAUGGCGUGUACUGUAUCGGGCAGCGUCGAUUUAACACCAUGGAUGAGUUAGUGGAACACUACAAAAAGGCACCCAUUUUCACAAGUGAACAUGGGGAGAAGUUGUAUCUAAUCAAACCCUUGCAGUGAUGCAGACUGCUCACCUGGCCAUGGCCAGGCUUGUCAUGGAUAAAAGCCUUAGAUCUGAACGAUUACACAGAGCAGAGCCGAUUGUAACAAUGAGAUUUCAACACCUUCUGGGCUGUUAUGGAUCAUGCUCUGCUAUAUUUUUUUUGUCUUCGUCCUUCUGUUUAUUUGCCUGUAUGUCCUUAAUUCUGUUGAACUUGCAUUUACCUUCCAAAGGUUAGGUUGAACCUCUUCACUUUUUAAGUGAUGGUCACUUUAGCACUCACUUCUUGCCUGGGCUCAGAUUUCCCCCAAUGUACAUUUAAUUAGCUAGAAUUGGGGAACAUCUUCCUUGAAAUUGCAGUGUUAAUUAAUCAGUUUUUUAAAAAAAAUGCUCACACUAAAUGAUUUUCCUCUUGAGAAAGACAUUGGGCACAGUUUGAAUGCACUGAAGCUGCAUCUAAUUACAAAAAAAAAGUAGAUAUAACAAAAUGUGGCAGUGAAUACUGUAGCUUUUGCUUACCGAAUAGUUAAUGCAAUUUCCUAGAAUCUAGAAGCACUCUAUUCUCUGCUAUAUUACGCCUUCUCUAAAUUUUGUGUAGAGUGCACUAAUGAAACUGUUAACAUUUAACUUUCUAGAUUACUAUGGUAAGAUCGUAGAAAUAAAACUAGAGUGAAGUUUGGUCUGUAAUUGCAGCUGACGAAGAGUACACAUUUUCUUAUCGAAUCAGUGGAAAUCAGAUGUGCGUACUUUAUGAGAUUAAAUGUUUGGCAAUGUACCUGUACACCCAGAUGUACCACUCACAUUAUGCUUGUUUCUCGCGCCCUUAUGUUGUUUCAAGUAAACAACACAUAUUUAAUUCUCGACAUAAUAUGUAGCAAAUUGUUGACAUUAAUACAUGAGAUUAAUAAAGCUAUCCUUUUUGGGGGUUACUAGCAAUAGACGUGCAAUGUAUGUAUUGUCUACACUGUCUACACUGCAAGCGGGCGCAAGAAUAUUAUUUUUGUACUUUAUUGUGUAACAAAGGGGAAAAAAUCCCCUUUUGACUCCAUAAACCCCACAUGUAUAAUGGCCGAGGUCAACCUUAUGCACACGUCUCGUUAAAUGAUUGUCAAUAAAAAAAAAUUCAGUUUA